AUGAGGCCCGCGCGCCCCCCCCCACCCCCCCCCGCCGAGGACCCGGAUGAAGCCCGCGCGCCCCCUCGCCCCCACAUGCGGCCCGCGCGACGCCCCCAGGCCGAAGACCCGGAUGAAGCCCGCGCGCCCCCGCUCCUCUCCCCCAGCCCCCGGAUGCGGCCCCCACCUCGAGCCCGCCGCGGACGCCGCCUCACCGGAUCCGGGCCCGCGUGGCUCCCGCUCCCCAACGCCGUCGCCGCCGCGUCACCGAGGCCCGCACCAGCCCCGCCGCCCCCGCCUUCGCCGCCUUUUAAAGGUCGGAGCGAGGCCCGGCCUGCCCCCUCCACGCCCCCGUCUGUCCCAGCAGCCUCCGCGCCCGGGCGGGGGGCGGGGAAGGGGGGAGUGGCCCCGCCGCCUGCGGUCACGUGGGGCGCUGUCGUCGCGCGCCGGCCCCCCGCGCAUGCGCGCCCGCCGAGGGACCAGUACAGCCGCACCUGCCUGUACAAUGGGCCACUGGUUCUGGCUAACUUUCACCACUGCAGGCAACCGUGA